CCUCCCCCCAAACCCUCUCUCUCUCCCUCCUCCACUCACUCGGCUCCCCAGACGCUCGCAGCCCCGCGUCAAUGGGUAGGGAGAGGGUCCUCGGGGCUGUCGUCAGCGAGGGCCGAAUCAAAAGUGGCAUUUUAGUGCUUUUCUGGGGCUUUUUUUGCGACCUUCUGCCCCCCACCCUCGCUGUCCCCCGGUAGAUGCCCUCGUUGGGGGUGCGAGGCUGUGGGAAGAAAGUUUAAGGUUUGUUAAUAUUAGUCGCAAUUGUUGGGGAGGGCGGUGGGGGCGAUUGGAAGGGAGGAGAGGUGGCCUUCCCCUCUCUGCGUUCUCUUGGGGUUCUUGGAGAAUAAUAUUGCAAGUGACAGCCAGAAGUAGACUUUCUGUCCUCCCACCGAAGAACCAGAGCGAGCUGAGGGAGGGAGGGAAGUCUUUUUCCUUUCUGGAGACCUUGUCCGCAGUGAUUUUUUUUUUUUUCUUUUUAAGAGAAUCCUCAGUCACUACCUGGCCUGCCCAGCACCACGACAGUGUAUAAGCUCAUAACGGGUUUUGCUUUGUUUUUACGAUUUCCCCCCCAACGAAUCACUUGUCAGAUCAAUUUUAUCUUCGCCCUCCUCCCUACGUCCCACUCUCCCCUCCUCCCCCAUCGAAAACCCGUUCUCUGAGGUUAGACAUUUUAGAAACCAUAUAUGUUGUUUUUCGAAUUGUGAUUUUUUUUUUUAACAGCCCCCACCCCACCCCAUGGCUACUCUUGUAGACGUUUAUUUCUGCCCUUCCCCCGCUUAGGGGGGCGGGGGUAGGGGAAGAGAAAAUAAUACAAUUUCAGGGGAAGUCGCCUUCAGGUCUGCUGCCUUUUUUUUUUUUUUUAAUUUUAAAAAAAGACAGAAAACAUCAGUCUUGAACUUCUCUUCAAGAACCCGGGCUGCAAAGGAAAUCUCCUUUGUUUUUGUUAUUUAUAUGCUGUCAAGUUUUGAAGUGGUGAUCUUUAGAGGGUAACUGAGUAUGGAUCAUUUGAACGAGGCAACUCAGGGGAAAGAACAUUCAGAAAUGUCUAACAAUGUGAGCGAUCCGAAGGGUCCACCAGCCAAGAUUGCCCGCCUGGAGCAGAACGGGAGCCCGCUAGGAAGAGGAAGGCUUGGGAGUACAGGUGCAAAAAUGCAGGGAGUGCCUUUAAAACAUUCGGGCCAUCUGAUGAAAACCAACCUUAGGAAAGGAACCAUGCUACCAGUUUUUUGCGUGGUGGAACAUUAUGAAAACGCCAUUGAAUAUGAUUGCAAGGAGGAGCAUGCGGAAUUUGUGUUGGUGAGAAAGGAUAUGCUUUUCAACCAGCUGAUCGAAAUGGCAUUGCUGUCUCUGGGUUAUUCGCAUAGCUCUGCUGCCCAGGCCAAAGGGCUAAUCCAGGUUGGAAAGUGGAAUCCAGUUCCACUGUCUUACGUGACAGAUGCCCCUGAUGCUACGGUAGCAGAUAUGCUUCAAGACGUGUAUCAUGUGGUCACAUUGAAAAUUCAGUUACACAGUUGCCCCAAACUAGAAGACUUGCCUCCUGAACAAUGGUCGCACACCACAGUAAGGAAUGCUCUGAAGGACUUACUGAAAGAUAUGAAUCAGAGUUCGUUGGCCAAGGAGUGUCCCCUUUCACAGAGUAUGAUUUCUUCCAUUGUGAACAGCACUUACUAUGCAAAUGUCUCAGCAGCAAAAUGUCAAGAAUUUGGAAGGUGGUACAAACAUUUCAAGAAGACAAAAGAUAUGAUGGUUGAGAUGGAUAGUCUUUCUGAACUUUCCCAGCAAGGUGCCAACCAUGUCAACUUUGGCCCGCAGCCGGUCCCAGGGAACACAGCCGAGCAGCCUCCAUCCCCUGCGCAGCUCUCCCAUGGCAGCCAGCCCUCUGUCCGGACCCUCUUCUCAAAUCUGCACCCUGGGCUUGUGUCAACGCCCAUCAGUCCUCAAUUGGUCAACCAGCAGCUGGUGAUGGCUCAGCUGCACCAGCAGUAUGCAGUGAAUAGACUUUUAGCCCAGCAGUCCUUAAACCAACAAUACUUGAACCACCCUCCCCCUGUCAGUAGAUCUAUGAAUAAGCCUUUGGAGCAACAGGUUUCAACCAACACAGAGGUGUCUCCCGAAAUCUACCAGUGGGUACGUGAUGAACUGAAACGAGCAGGAAUCUCCCAGGCAGUAUUUGCACGUGUGGCUUUUAACAGAACUCAGGGCUUGCUUUCAGAAAUUCUUCGAAAGGAAGAGGACCCCAAGACUGCAUCCCAGUCUUUGCUGGUAAACCUUCGGGCUAUGCAGAAUUUCUUGCAGUUACCGGAGGCUGAACGAGAUCGCAUUUACCAGGAUGAAAGGGAAAGGAGCUUGAAUGCUGCCUCGGCUAUGGGUCCUGCCCCCCUGAUAAGCACACCACCCAGCCGCCCUCCCCAGGUGAAAACAGCUACUGUUGCCACUGAGAGGAAUGGGAAAGCAGAGAACAAUACCAUGAACAUUAAUGCUUCCAUUUACGAUGAGAUUCAGCAGGAAAUGAAGCGCGCUAAAGUGUCCCAAGCACUAUUUGCAAAGGUUGCAGCAACCAAAAGCCAGGGGUGGUUGUGUGAGCUGUUACGUUGGAAAGAAGAUCCUUCUCCAGAAAACAGGACCCUGUGGGAGAACCUCUCCAUGAUCCGAAGGUUCCUCAGCCUUCCGCAGCCGGAACGUGACGCCAUAUAUGAGCAGGAGAGCAAUGCGGUGCAUCACCAUGGUGACAGGCCGCCCCACAUCAUCCAUGUUCCAGCAGAGCAGAUUCAGAGCCCCUCUCCCACCACCCUUGGAAAAGGAGAGUCUAGAGGCGUUUUCUUACCAGGCCUGCUGACCCCUGCACCAUGGCUCGGUGCUGCUCCUCAGCAGCAGCCGCCUCAGCCGCAGCAGCAGCCGGGCCCCCCGACCCCGCAGCCGCAGGCACAGCAGCCGGCAGGCCCCCGGCUCCCCCCGCGGCAGCCCACCGUGGCCUCGCCCGCCGAGGCUGAGGACGACAACCGCCAAAAGCCACGGCCGCGAACGAAGAUUUCCGUGGAGGCCCUGGGAAUCCUCCAGAGUUUCAUCCAAGACGUAGGCCUGUACCCGGAUGAAGAGGCCAUCCAGACUCUGUCUGCCCAACUUGACCUUCCCAAGUACACCAUCAUCAAGUUCUUUCAGAACCAGCGGUAUUAUCUCAAGCACCACGGCAAGCUGAAGGACAACUCCGGGCUAGAGGUGGAUGUGGCCGAAUACAAAGAAGAGGAGUUGCUUAAGGAUUUAGAAGAGAGUGUCCAGGAUAAAAAUGCUAACACCCUUUUCUCGGUGAAACUAGAAGACGAGCUAGCAGUGGAAGGGAACACAGACAUUAACUCGGACUUGAAAGACUGAACUAGAAGUAUUUUUUUCAUUCAACAGUGCCACUGGUAUUUACAACAAAAUGAAAAGUCCACCUGUAUUCUCUCAGAAAAACCUGUGUUGUUCAUGGUUUGGCCAAUGAAUCUUCAGAAACUUGCACAAACAGGAAAGUUAAGAAAGAUAGUACAGACUGCACUAAAUGUUUUACUCUGUUUUACAAACUGCUUGGCAGCCCCAGGUGAAGCAUCGAGGAUUGUUUGGUAUUAAAAAUUCAAAUUUCUGUUCAUGGGAUGCACCCAGGUGUGUACCCCAUAAGCAUGAUACCAGUGAUUUUUUUUUUUUAAUUAUUAUUAUUCUGGAGCCUCAAACAAGCAUUAUAACUUCUGUGAUUAUUUCCUUCCUUUAAUUAUUUCUGUAACACUCCACACUGAUCUUGGAAACUCGCCCCUUAUUUUAAAAAGAAAAAAGAAAAAAAAGAGUUUGUUACUCUAUGUAUGUUACAAAAGAACUAUAGACUGUGGAAUGCAGUUUAAAGAUGACAUAUGCCAACAAAUGCCUUGUAUUAUAUGGCACUGCCGUAAUUCAAAUUUGUUUUUAUUUUGGAAAUAAAAGUUCACUGUAAUUUUU